AUGCCGUGGAAGUCAAGAUGGUCAACCGACAUUCCUGUCUGUUCAUUACCCACCUAUCUUUUCCAAUCUCCCACAGCAGCACUCGACGAUAAGCCCAUCCUCAUCGAAGGCGAGAAGCCAGAGUACUUCCUCACCCUCAGGACCUACCGCGAAUGGAGCAAACGCCUCGCAGCCGGCCUCAAGAAAGCCGGCUUCCAACCAGGUGACCGCCUCCUGCUCUUCUCAGGCAACGCUCUCUUCUUCGGUGCCGUCCAGAUGGGCACGAUCAUGGCCGGCGGCAUCUUCACCGGCGCGAACCCUACCUACGUAGCACGCGAAUUGGCUUAUCAAGUGAAAGACUCCGGAGCCAAGUUCCUCCUCGUGGGUGAAACCGUCCUCGAUACAGGCAUAGCAGCAGCAAAAGAACUCAACUUCCCCUCCUCCAACAUCUUCGUCUUCGACAGCGGCAUCGCCACCUUCGACGGCACCGCCAAACCCCAAAAAGGCAUCCAACCCUGGUCCAAUCUCCUCGCCUCCCCCUCCGAAGGCGCUCGCCUCCAAUGGGAAGAGUUCAACUCUCGAGAGCAACAAAAAGACCGCGUCGUCGUCCUCAACUACUCCUCCGGCACCACUGGCCUCCCCAAGGGCGUCGAAAUCUCCCACUACAACUACAUCGCCAACGCCCACCAAUCAGCCUUCAUCCAAUCCCUCACCGCAGACUUCGAGGAGUGGCGGCAACGAGCACGCGGUAUCGCUUUCCUCCCCAUGUACCACGCCUACGGCCAGACGUUCUACGGCGUCAACUACCCCAAACUCGGCGCCGUGCUGUACAUCAUGCGAAAAUACGACUUCAUCACCAUGCUCGACUGGAUCCAGCGCUACCGCAUCACCAACCUCACCCUCGUGCCCCCCAUCGUCAUCUCCCUCACCAAACGCAAAGAAGUCAAAGACUACGACCUCAGCAGCCUCGAAGGCGUCGGCUGCGGCGCCGCGCCCCUCGGCAAGGAAAGCAUCGUCGACUUCGAAUCCAAGUUCGGCGCCACGAGGAUCUUUCAGGGGUGGGGAAUGACGGAACUGACGUGUUCUGCCGUGACCUGGGAUCCCGCGACCGAGCACCCGGACCCCAGCGCCGUGGGGGAGCUGAUGCCGAAUAUCGAGGGCAUGGUGGUGGACGAGGAGGAUCGGGAGCUGGGCGUCGACCAGAGCGGAGAGUUCUGGGUGCGGGGCCCGAAUGUCAUGAAGGGGUAUUGGAGGAAGCCGGAGGAGACGCGAAAGACGCUGACGAGCGAUGGGUGGUUGAAGACGGGCGAUGUGGGGUUUCGGGAUCGGAAGGGGUUCGUGCAUAUUGUCGAUCGGAAGAAGGAGUUGAUCAAGGUGAAGGGAUUGCAGGUUGCGCCGGCCGAACUCGAAGCCCUCCUCCUCGACCACCCGCAAAUCGACGACGCGGCCGUCGUAGGCGUCACAAUCAACGGCGACGAAGCCCCCCGCGCAUACAUCGUGCCCAAAGAAAACUCGAACGCCACCCCUAAGGACAUCGCGACCUGGGUGGCUGAGCGCGUCUCCCGACACAAGAGGCUGGAGGGCGGUGUGGUUCCCGUCAACGAGAUCCCCAAGAACCCCUCCGGAAAGAUCCUGAGAAAGGCGCUGCGAGAUCGCGCCGCGAAGGAGGUUGGUGAUGGUGGGAGGCAGCAGAGUAAGUUGUAG